UCCGUCAUUUAUGAGAUUACUAGAGAACCAAAGUGGUAGAGUUAUUACAAUUGUCUGGAAAAAUGUAUAUUCAGAUGACUGACGGAGUUCCUCCUCCACCGGAGCAAAGUUCGUUAGACCACCGGAUCGACGACCUUGAUAGACAGAAAGAGAUCGACGAUUGGCUUCCGAUAACUUCAUCGAGAAACGCGAAAUGGUGGUACUCCACGUUUCACAAUGUGACUGCCAUGGUUGGAGCCGGCGUCCUUGGUCUCCCUUACUCCAUGGCCCAGCUCGGAUGGGGACCAGGCAUAACAGUGUUGAUACUAUCAUGGGUAAUAACACUCUACACAUUAUGGCAAAUGGUGGAGAUGCACGAGAUGGUUCCUGGAAAGCGCUUUGACCGUUACCACGAACUUGGCCAGUUUGCGUUCGGCGAACGUCUUGGCCUUUAUAUCAUUGUUCCUCAGCAAAUCGUUGUCGAAGUUGGAGUGUGCAUAGUUUAUAUGGUAACCGGAGGACAAUCAUUGAAGAAGUUUCAUGAACUCGUCUGUCAAGAUUGCUCACCAAUCAGACUUUCUUUCUUCGUGAUGAUAUUUGCUUCUUCUCAUUUCGUUUUAUCUCAUCUUCCAAACUUCAAUUCCAUCUCGGGUAUCUCUCUUGUCGCCGCCAUCAUGUCUCUUAGUUAUUCGACAAUUGCUUGGACAGCAACAGCCGCCAAGGGCGUUCAAGAAGAUGUUCAAUAUGGUUACAAAUCAGGCACGCCCGCAUCAACAGUCUUAAGUUUCUUUACGGGGCUUGGGGGCAUUGCGUUUGCUUAUGCAGGUCACAAUGUGGUCCUUGAGAUCCAAGCAACGAUACCUUCUACUCCAAAUAAACCUUCGAAAGGUCCUAUGUGGAGAGGGGUCGUGGUGGCUUACGUGGUCGUGGCCUUGUGUUAUUUCCCGGUUGCUUUGGUUGGAUACGGCGUUUUUGGAAACGCUGUUUUGGAUAACGUUUUGAUGUCGCUUGAAACGCCCGUUUGGGCCAUCGCAGCCGCUAACUUGUUCGUCGUCAUGCAUGUCAUUGGUAGUUACCAGAUAUUCGCAAUGCCGGUUUUCGACAUGGUGGAGACAUUUCUGGUUAAGAAACUGAAUUUCAAACCAUCUACAAUUCUUCGUUUCAUUGUACGAAAUGUUUAUGUUGCUUUAACGAUGUUCAUUGCGAUAAUGAUACCGUUCUUUGGUGGCCUUCUCGCUUUCUUUGGAGGAUUCGCGUUUGCUCCGACAACGUAUUUCCUUCCUUGCAUAAUGUGGCUGAUAAUCUAUAAACCAAAGAGGUUUAGCCUGUCUUGGUGGACAAAUUGGGUAUGUAUAGUGCUUGGAGUUAUUCUGAUGAUCUUAUCAUCGAUAGGGGGAUUAAGGCAAAUCAUUAUUCAAUCCAAAGAUUACACUUUCUUCUCUUGAUUAAUUUUUCCCAUAAUAA